CAGUCCAAACUCCCAAAAAACCCCCCAACACGCAUUGCAAUAAAUUCUUUUUCUUUUUUUGGUUAAGAUUCAAAUUUCACCAACAUGAACCCUCCACGCUUCUUCUUCUUCUUCUUCCUCCUCUCUCACCUAUAAAACCCCACUCUUUCUCUCUAUUUCACUCUAAGCUCUAAAUGCUAUCCAUUUUAUGGUAUUGCAGCCGUAUUGGUAUCUAUCUGGUCGAAUACGACGGCGUUUUUAUUAUGCUCAAUAAUUUCUGAUUUUUUUUUAAUUUUUUUUUUUUUUUACUAUUAUCUACUUUUGAAAUUAACCAAUGGCUUCGAUUGAAUUUGAUGAUGAUAAGAAGGUGAGAAAGUCAGUUGUGAUUCAACGAAGGCCGUUGAUGAUGCUGAAAGAUUACCUUAGAGACGAUCUGAGCUCCUGCUCAUCCAACGGUUUCAAAUCGUUUCCACGCCGACAAUGCUGUAGUAGUACAACCGUCCGAUUCCUCCUCGAGCUCGAUCUCAAACUCAGAGAUCAUUCCUCAACUACAAAAAUCACCGCCAAGCAACGACUUUUCCGUCUUCGUAGUCGAAGCCUGCGUUCGAAGUUAACGGCAACGCCACCAGCUUCAACAACUACUACAACUACCAUUUCCGCCUUUCAGAGAGCUUCGGAGGCGGUGAUUAACGCCGUGAAGAAGCAACUUCCGUUUCACUCCGUUAAUUCUCCGUCGUCUAUCAAAACCAGGAAAGGCCAUUUUCUCUCUCGGAGUCUUUCACGGAAGUUAUUCAGAAGAAGCUUCUGGAACUGGAAGAGAGCUGGUAAAGAAGAAGAGGAAAAGGAGGGGAGCGAUAUCGGACGGUGGAGAUUGUUCAGCGAGUUUCUCAACGAAAAAGAUGAGCCGUCGGAUAUCGCUGCCACUACCACCACAAGCAGUAACAGUUGGGAGGAGAGUGAGUUUACCGCGGAGAUUUUACGGUCUUCGAGCGGUAAUUCUAAUUCAGAGAGUGUUUCAACCUCAAACGACGUCGUGCAGGGUAAAAAUGACUUACCGGUGAAGAAGACUGAGAGAGUAGGCGUAACAGUCGGUGAGGAUUCCAUGUUCGGAGCAACCAAUACCUACUCUGGAACUAACACAAAGGAGUGGACAAAUAAACAGAAGGAACAAUUUAGUCCAGUGUCUGUGCUGGAUAGUCCAUUUGAAGAUGAUGAAGAUAUUGGCUCGCCUUUCGAGAGUAGUCUUGCGUGCAUAGAAGGUACAAAACAAAAGUUUAUGCACAAGAUACGGCGGUUUGAGUGUCUCGCUCAACUAGAACCAGUAGAUUUAGAAGAACGCAUUGCCUUUUGCGAGCUCAACCAUGAAUCUUCUCAAUCACCCACGCAACCUUGCCCAUUAUCCACCCAGGACAACAACAUGUUCAACAAGAAAGAAGAAAACCAAACAGAACAAUUAAUUAAGGCUCAAGAAUUACUUGACCUCAUCAGAACAAAGAGCUCACAAAGUGGUUCUAAAUUCAAGGUAGACAGUCUAUUGUUGGAUUUCAUUGAAGAGAAAAUUGAAGAGAAUAAUGUAAAUGCAAGCACAACAACACGUUGUGACAAUGAAUUUCAGCAUGAGAUAUUGAAGGUCACAGAAGAUUGGCUUAGUGGGCACCCACAAGAAUUGUUACUAGGAUGGGAGGUACAGGAUGGGAGAGAAGUCUAUGUUAAGGACAUGGAAAAGGGUGGGAUGUGGAGCAUAUUGGUUGAAGAAGAAAAAGAGGUGGCUUUGGAGGUUGAGGAUGAGGUUUGGACUACUUUGCUUAACGACCUAUUACUUGACCUCUUUUGAUCAUAGAUGAAUGUUUUGGGUUACAUUAAAAUCUUGGAUACAAUUUUUUAAUCGUGGUACUUUAGUUUUCAACUAAAUUUAAUUUUUUAGUUGUAUUGACUAAUGCAA